AUGGCCGGCGAACAGAUCGACGACGCGGAGAUGUACUGGGUUCGGCUGGACGGCGGUGCCGGACGGCUGACCGAGCCUCGGCUAUGUGACGAAUGGCGGCGCCUAAUACUUUCGGGCUUAUUGCAGGCAAUUACUAUAAGCACAAAUGGAUGGACAAAUGCGGGGCAUGCCGUGAAUCAAAUUUACGACCUUCUUUACAUGAUGGGACGAGAUGAUAUUGCUGUUGGGAUAGGAGGUGAAGGUGGAAUACUCAAUGAUGGUACCAUACUUCCAAGUGUUGGCGGAUAUCUUCCUAUAGUCGAUCAGGGUUAUGGUACAACAGGAUACUGCAGAUAUAGUCAGGUUAUUCCUUUAGGCCUGCGAGGAAAACUAGACAUCGACACAAUAUAUGGUUUCCGAAAACAAUUUCUUCCCCAGGCAAACAGGCAAUACUUACCUCUACAACAACCUACAACUCAACAAAUACUGAUGGACAAAAUAUCUGCUGGUUCAAUCAUAGUAUUUUGUGGUGGAACACCUACAAAUUUGGCAUUGUUUCUAAUGUCUAACCCACACUUGAAGAAAAACAUCCAACAUAUAUACCUCAUGGGUGGUGGCCUGGGACCCAGGCAGGUCAACUGUCCGACAAUCUCUACCUCAUCGUGCCCUACUGGUAAUGUCUACACAGGUGACAAUACGGCUCCUAAUGCAGAGUACAACUUCUUUAGUGACCCUUUCGCUGCUUAUCAGGUGAUCCACUCAGGGAUUCCAAUUACUCUUAUCCCACUGGACGCAACAGACACUAUACCCAUCACUACAGAAUUUAUGCAAGAAUUUGAGAAGCAACAGCACACCCUUGAGGCACAAUACUGUUUCAAUGCCUUGAAAAUGAUAUGUGAUACUUGGUACACAACCCCUCAUUUUUCUCAAAUUUUCUUCAUGUGGGAUUCAUUUUUGGCCGGGGUGGCUACUUCAAUUAUGCUCAAGCAAAACAACACAAACGGCGAAAACGAAUUUGCAGAAAUGGAGUACAAGACUAUAACGGUCAUUACUUCGAACGAGCCGUAUGGGACAUCCGACGGCUCAAAUCCAUUAUUUGAUGGCCUUAAGAAACCAAGAUUCAACUUGAUGAGAAAGGGUAUCCACAGUGGUCACAUUGUGACUGGACCAGGGGAUCCAUUUUGCAUUGCUCAAAAUGGUUGCAAGGAUGGAGACACACAAGUAGUAACGGGUCCAGAAGGGGUACGCGUUCGUUUGGCCGUAAGAGCAAAGCCCAACCCAGAUAAACAUAGCAAAUUGAACAAAGCAUUCUACAAAAACUUUCUUGAUGUCAUAAACCGGCCACAUCAAACAGGAAGGUUCAAUUAUACGACACAAUUUCCUCACUACCGGGAAGCAACUAACGUGCCAGAUUUUAAGGGAAGAAAGCUAGGGAAAACAGUUGUAUUCGACAUGGAUAUGAGUCCUGGAGAUUUUCUGGCCCUCAUUUAUCUACUCAAAGUACCAACUGAAGUAAUAUAUCUUAAGGCAAUACUCGUGACCCCAACUGGAUGGGCAACUGCUGCAACAAUUGAUAUUGUCUAUGACAUAUUACACAUCAUGAAACGUGAUGAUAUCUUGGUUGGUCUUGGAGAUUUAUAUGCAAGUAAUCAGACUUAUGCUAACUUCAAUCUGAUCGGAAGCUGCAAGUACAGAAGGGCCAUCCCACAUGGCGCCGGUGGCUUUCUCGACUCUGACACACUAUACGGAUUCGCCCAUGAUAUGCCUCGAAGCCCUCGGAGGUUCGCAAGUUAG